GCGCUCCAUGUGUUCGGGCUGGGCUGCUGCGCCGAUCUCGCCUGCCUGAAACGUAGCAGCCCUGGCGAGCCACGUCUCCGCGCCACCGGCUCUUCUUGGAGGCACUUUCAGCUGCCCUGUGAGAGCUCGCCAGGGCUCUUGCCUCGCGCGGUGGAUUCCGAGGGAGGCAAGCGCGCUUGUUAGGCGAGGCUUUUUCCCCCCAGCUUGCAUCUACCAGAAAAGGCUCGGGCUCUUUCCCUCGUCUGCGCUGGGUCUCCUUCGCCCGCUGCACUAGCUGCUCCCCUUCCAGCAGGCUCCAGCGGACUAGCCCCUUGGUGGGCGCUCGUAAUUCCUCGUGUACGGAGGACGCGCUGCGCCUGUUUUGCUGUACCCCUCCCGCCCGGCUUAUGGUGGGAGCCUGGGAGCCUAGCCCAGGGCAGAGCCAUGGCCUUCGCCAAUUUUCGCCGCAUCUUGCGCCUCUCCACCUUCGAGAAGCGGCGAUCCAAGGAGUAUGAGCAUGUGCGCCGGGACGUGGACCCCAACGAAGUGUGGGAGAUCGUCGGGGAGCUGGGUGACGGCGCCUUCGGCAAGGUGUACAAGGCCAAAAACAAGGAGACAGGGGUUUUAGCUGCUGCCAAAGUCAUUGAGACCAAGAGUGAAGAUGAACUGGAGGACUACAUGGUGGAGAUUGAGAUUCUUACAACUUGUGACCACCCUUACAUUGUGAAGUUGCUGGGAGCAUUUUAUUAUGACAGCAAACUAUGGAUCAUGAUUGAGUUUUGCCCUGGUGGAGCAGUGGAUGCUACUAUGCUAGAACUGGAUCGAGGUUUGACCGAACCCCAGAUUCAAGUUAUCUGCCGCCAGAUGCUAGAGGCCCUGAACUACCUCCAUGGCAAGAAGAUUAUCCAUCGAGACCUAAAGGCAGGCAACGUAUUGCUGACCCUCGAUGGAGACAUCAAGCUUGCUGACUUUGGAGUAUCUGCUAAAAACAUGAAGACUUUGCAAAGGCGGGAUUCCUUCAUUGGCACACCCUACUGGAUGGCUCCUGAAGUAGUGAUGUGUGAGACCAUGAAAGACACCCCCUAUGACUACAAGGCAGAUAUCUGGUCCUUGGGCAUAACACUGAUAGAAAUGGCUGAGAUAGAACCGCCUCAUCAUGAGCUCAAUCCCAUGAGGGUCCUGCUGAAAAUAGCCAAAUCUGACCCGCCCACUCUUAAUUAUCCCUCAAAGUGGUCUCCAGAAUUCAAAGACUUCCUGAAGACUGCACUGGACAAGAACCCUGAGACCCGGCCAAGUGCUGCACAAUUACUCGAGCAUCCCUUCGUCAGCAGGGUCACUACUAACAGAGCCCUACGUGAACUUGUGGCAGAGGCAAAGGCUGAAGUGAUGGAGGAAAUUGAAGACAAUAGAGAGGAAGUUGAAGAGGAUGACUCCUCAGAAUCUGCAUCUCCUCAUCAUAUUUCCAAGAGGGACUCCUCUGUUGCAAGCCAACUAAGUUUGGAUGAAGAGAAGUCUCCAAAAAAUCGCCUGUCAGUUGUGGCCAAUGGACCCCAGUUGCCUUUACUUCAAACCAAAGAUGCCACAGAUGGGCAGAGUACCAAGCUUUCAGAUGAAGGGCUUGGUGAUGAGAACAUUACAAGAGCCAGCAGUAGUUCAAAUUUACCUGGGAAAGAAGAUGACCCAGAUCUGUCCAGUGCCCAAGAAAAAUCAGACAACAGCCCCAAGUUGCCGCAGAUCAUAGUGAAGCCAGCGAACGACAGAGACCUUGCCCUCCAAAAUAAAGUCACUGAACCAGCAAGCAGAGAUUCAAAUGUAGGGAGCCGGCCAGAGAGCAGCCUCCUUGAAACACCUAUAGAAGAAAAUCUCCCCAAUGGGACACCCAGUUUCUCCUCACAGUUUGAGAAUGACAGUUUAAAGAGGGAUUCUGAUUCCGGUAGCACCUCUGCCUCAGAGAGUAUGGACCUCAGCAUCUCCUUGUAUGCUGACUUGUCUCUCAGCAGAAGCAGUGGAUCCCACUCUCCUAAGGAUGCAAAAAAUCAGAAGAUGACACUGAAACGGACCAGGAGAUUUGUAGUGGAUGGAGUGGAAGUAAGUGUCACCACCUCAAAAAUCAUCAGUGAGGAUGAGAAGAAAGAUGAAGAGAUGAGAUUCCUCAGGCGCCAGGAGCUGCGUGAGCUGCGUCUGCUUCAGAAAGAGGAGCACCGGAACCAGACCCAGCUGAGUAUCAAGCAUCAGAUGCAGCUGGAGCAAAUGCUGAAGCGCUUUGAACAGGAAAUGAAUGCAAAGAAGAAAUUCUAUGACACGGAAUUAGAAAAUUUGGAGCGUCAGCAGAAGCAACAGAUUGAAAAGAUGGAGCAAGAGCACUCAGUGCACCGACGUGAAGAGACUAAACGUAUCCGUGCUGAGCAAGAACGAGAUCGUACAAAAUUUCAAGAGCAGUUAAAGCAGAAGAAGAAGGAGCUCAAGAUUGAGAUUGAAAAACUCCCACGACAGCAGCGCAAGGAGACCAUGAAGAUUAAAAUGGAUGAGUUUGCACGAAAGAAGGAUGUUAUGGAGCAUGAGUUUGAUGCCAAGCAGACCGAAGACAUGGAACAGGCCAUAAAGAAUAUUACAGCCCAAAAUCGGAAGGAGAUCUGUGACAAGGAACGGGAGUGCCUCAACAAAAAACAGCAGCUUAUGAGAGACCGGGAAGCCACUAUCUGGGAACUAGAAGAGCACCACUUACAGGAGAAACAUCAGCUUAUUAAACAGCAGCUAAAAGAUCAGUAUUUUCUCCAGAGACAUGAGCUGCUCCGAAAACAUGAGAAGGAGCGUGAGCAAAUGCAGCGGUAUAACCAGAGAAUGAUGGAGCAGCUGAAAAUUCGGCAACAGCAAGAGAAAGCCCGUCUACCCAAAAUCCAGAGGAGUGAAGGGAAGACACGCAUGGCCAUGUAUAAGAAGAGUCUUCAUAUUAACUCCAGUGGAAGUGCCUCUGAACAGAGAGAGAAGAUCAAACAGUUUGCACAGCAGGAAGAGAAGAGGCAGAAAGCUGAGCGGCUGCAACAGCAGCAGAAACAUGAAAUGCAAGUGAAGGAUAUGAGUGCUCAGUGUGAGAGCAACAUGACUGAGCUUCAACAGUUGCAGAAUGAGAAGUGUCAUCUUCUGGUUGAACAUGAGACUCAGAAGCUGAAGGCCUUGGAUGAAAACCACAAUCUAACUUUGAAGGACUGGCGAGAAAAGCUGAGGCCACGGAAAAAGGCAUUGGAAGAUGAACUGAAUCAGAAGAAACGAGAACAGGAGAUGUUCUUCAGGCUCAGCGAGGAAGCUGACAGCCAGUCUCCAGCAUCACCAAACAAGCCUGCCAAAUUUGUCCCAUUCAGCUCUGCAGAGGCUUCAUAACCCUUGGAUUUUAGUAGACAAGGUGCUAGUAAUACUGAGAGGAAGUCAGCAGAGAACUGCUCCCUUCCUUUCUUUGACAACUCUGGUCAGCAUUUCCUCUUCGUCUAUGGGAGAGGCAACCCGUGUGGCCUGAGGUCUUCUCCACUGGCAAUGAGACAGUUUCACAUGGAGGUGGCCAUGGCAGGUGCUGACUGAUGGCACUAGGAGAGCUCUGAAUGAGCUUCAAGUCAAAGACCAAAAGGGGCUCUGUGCAGAGUUCAUGCUGCCUGCUGUAGCUGCCAUCCAGCCACUCCAGUGUUUUCUGUUUUUACUGCCUACUGUAGGGGACCUAAGAGAUGUUCAGUGAUUGCUGAAUGCUGCUGAUAGGCUGGCUUGCCUGUUCAAUUGUCCAAACUGCUACCCUCCUCGUCCCAGUGUAAUGGGUCAGUACUUCCACUUAACAUCAUGAUCUUUGCCUUAAUGGCUGGACGCUUGGCCACCUCCACUCACAAGCGGUUCAGUUGUGACAGCCUUACAGAAGACAAUGAAAAAAUUGCCUACCUUUAUCGUUGCCCCAGUCUCUGUUAGUGAAGCAAAUGGCUUCUUUUCCUUUGAAAGGCAUCUACUCCUCAUCUUGUGUUGAAGUGACUCAGUUACCUGUGAGACAACUUCUGCCCUUUCUCGAGUAUGGAAUAGAGGUACCAAAAUGUGAAACACAGUUGCAGCUGUUUCACUUGAAACAAGUCCCAAGUCCAGGACUGAAGAGUAAGGCAGUCAGAGGUUCGUAGACCUUUUGAAAGAGGAGAUUCCCACCGCUGCUAUGGCUGCACGUCCAUGCUUGUCUCAAAACAAGUGAUUUUAAAUGUAUGAGCCUGGAAAAGAUCCUCAGAAAUUUCAGAUACUAAAGAGAUAGGAAAUGAAAAGAUGUAGCCAGCUAAGUGAAGGCUUCCCAGUCUUGUUGUGGUAUAGAAUCCAAGAUCAGUCCUGCUGAUACUGAUACUGCAUUCUGUCUAAAAAUGGGCCAAACUCAGUUUCUCUGCUCCUCAGGACAGUCUUUGAUACAGAUUGGCUUCUUCUUCAGUUGUAACGCAAAGUUUCUUUUUCCUCUGAUGGUGAACAAAGUCUUCUCUCUCCUAGCUCUGUUUCUGCUGCUGUUGGUCUAGGGGAAAACAUGUGCUCAGGUUAUAGCAAGGGCUAACGAGUUCUUUUCCAGUAAAUCAAAUAGUGCGAAUGUCUGAGGCAGCAAGAUUGCAGCUGGCCGAAGUAAGGUGAAAAGCACUUUGUUCUGCAUCAUCUCAUGUGUGUGACUUUCAUAUAACAGCAAGUGCCUCCUUUGAGAUUUCUUAGUCUUCUGUUACAUUUAUUUGGUGCACUUAUUGGGUAGAUCUGAUUUUGACACAAACAAGCAACUGCCUGAGAACUGAUUUGUGGUAAUUUUUAUUUGUAGUCCUUUGCCAUUGUUCUGCAGUGCAUCAGAAGGGUCCACAUGAAGGGAGCUGCUUGUAGUAGAAUAGAAUGUUACGUGUUUCAGCUACUGAAGCUAUUCUUCAUUUCAUAGGCCUUACAUCUUGCAAAGACUGUUUUUUUUUUUACCAAAGACAUGGUUUUUCUGCCCUGUUUUGAUUUAUUAAAAUAUAUAUCUCAAUAGAUAAAAGACCUUGUCCACUUGGCCAGUUUGCAUUUCCUCAUGCAUAUAUAUUUGUUGCAGCUCACACGAAUUCCCAUCCAAGCAGUCAGCCCUUUGUGGUAAAUGCGUAAUUUGUAUUUAUAUGUGAAUGAAGUACCAAACAGUUCAUUGUGUGAUCUCAAAGCGCUAUGCAUUACAAUGGAAGCAUGGUCCAAUAUUCCUUUCUGUAUACAAGUGAGGACCUUUCUAGCAAUUGCUUUUGUUUUCUUUUUCUAAUGUAUUCUCUGGUAAAAUGAUGUUGCUGAUGGCAUGAUUUUUGUGCUCAUAGUUAACUCACUGGAAUAAAAAUAGAGGCCCAGCAAAUACAUGGCUGCUGGCAGGCGACAGCCUUGCUGCAGGGCUGAGUACAGAGCAAGGUUGCAUUAAAAUUGUCAGAACUCGAAUCUUGUCUGGUCAAAAAGUCUAUUUAAGGAACUCUGAAAUCUAGAAAUUUGGGAGUCUAGAAAAUGUGCAACUAGAAAUCCCCUCAAUCCCUUAUUGGACUAUUGGUAUACUUUGUUGAGAUCAUGUGUGUGAGUUAAAGAGGAAUGGAAACAAAGCCAGUUGCUGUUUUCUCAGAAUUCAAAGAGAAGCCAGACUUUCUCCAAAUCUUAACAGGCCCCUUUUAUUCCACAUUUAUGUUACAGAUAGUUGAAUUGAUGUUACUUGCAUAUGUGUAUGUGCUUACAUGCACCCUCACAUGCUUUCCCACUUUUGGCCAUGAAAUCCAACCUUUACUGAUAAUUAGUUCAGUCCAGAGUUUGUGUGUCUUUGUUUCUUUAUCAGUCUGGUCUCAGCUACUACCAGGAGGUGCUGUAACUUCACAAAGGUGCAAUAGUUACCUCAUACAAUGCUUCAAGGAAGCUUCCCUGCCCCCCCCACCCCACAGUCCUCCUUUAAAGGCAAGGAGGUGUUGGCUCUUUUGAGUAACUGCUUGCUAAACUGUAUAAAGCUAGCUUUUUGUUUGUUAGGAUAACGUGAUGUUUUUCUGCACUUCAGUAUGGUCUUUGCAAAUUCUUUUUUUUUUUAGUUUUUCUCCUUUUGGAUAACCACUAUGAUGUAAAUAAUAAUACCACAGUGAACCCCUGUGUGUGCAUGAGCUACUCUGUGUAACUGUGUUGCAUAUGGCUUGAGGUCAGCAGUGCUGACUUUGACUUGUACAGAAAACUUUGCUUUGAUGUAAUACAGUUUGAUACCAGGAUCCUCCUCCUCAGAAUUUAAAGCAUCCCAUCAGCAAGUUUUGGGCUCUAAACCAAACAAUCUCUGAGAACUUCUGUAUUGAAUUAAGUUAGUAAUAAACUAUUAAUUCUUGAUAUUAACUGCAA